UCAGGCAGAGAAGAAGUGCAAUCGAUGAAGCGAUGUUUUUUUUUGUUUUGUUUUGUUUUGUAGUUAAACAACGCAACUUGGGUCGGAUCGGGGCCAAUCGUUAUAGUAUGUAGGCCUGAACACUAGCCUGCAACGUCACAAACUGUGGUUAAUUUAGACCAAUUGCUCAGAUCUGCAACGUGGUAACGAGCUAUUGGUCUAAACUGCCAACAGGUUGUAACGACGGAGGUCAGUGUUCAGGCCUUCUUAAACGAUGUGUCUCGGAUGGAUAGGUCAUACAUUCUCGAAAACAACAGGCCCUAGACCGGAACCCACAGGGGAAGUGAUAGGCAGGAAGACCAAAGCGGAAAUAGAGAAGAUAGGUGUACUAGAAGGAAAAAAUACAGGAUAAACAUGGACCCGAGUGGAAUCGCCAAGAACAAAGUCCGAUGGCGACGUGCUGUUGCGUACCUAUGCUUCACAAGAGUCAAAAUUGCUAACGUAGAUAGAUAGAUAGAUAGAUAGAUAGAUAGAUAGAUAGAUAGAUAGAUAGAUAGAUAGAUAGAUUCAUUCAUUCAUUCAUUCAUUCAUUCAUUGAAUCCUAAUAACCCAAUACAGAGGCCAAGCAAUGUUGAAUGUGACCCUCAAUAUAGCCCUACGCUCAACCUUGUUUGUACGGCAGUCGGAAUGUUUAACAAUUCCAAGUGUACAUUUUACGUUACCCUUAACAAUAGUGAUCAUUAUGAACAAACAAAUAUAAGCUAUGGCAACAAAGAUGGAAAACCAAGGUGUAGUCUACACUUACAAUCUGUAGAUGUUGGAACAGAGUACAACAUAACGGUUACAAUAUACCCAAAUGUAACAGGAAAUGAUACGGAUAUACAGUUUGGAUCUAGCAAAACAUUUACAGAUGAUGGGCAACAAAUUACUGCAUAUACAACAAUGAAUAAUAGUAUGUUCUCACCUAAUUUCAGUAGGCCUACAACAAUAGAGAAACAGUUUUUGUGUAAUGAAAUAGAAGAAGAAAUAAGUGUUACCACUUACAGUUUUAUGCCAAAAGAUUUGUAUGAAUCACUUUCAUUUCCGUUACGGAACCUUACAUCUCAAGAAUGUAAUGUUUCAAACUUAAGUUUUCAAAAUGUCACACUCUGUGUAAACACUUCAAGUUUAAGUGCACCAAGGAGUUUUGUGUGUCUAACGGAUGAGGACAAUGUUUUUAUCUACUGCUAUGUGAAUGGAACUAUUAAAAUAGUGUGCUUUAAGAACGAUAAAAGAAGUAGAGCAAGAGCUUUUAUGCUACUUUUGAUUGUCUCAUCAACUUUAGUAUUGGUGUCAGCUUCACUUACAACGUACGCAUUGAGAAAAUAUAAAGAAGGCCCAGAGGCCAGUUUAAAAAAAGCAACACUUGUACGACUUUGCCUGGUCACAGACACACAUCAGACAUCAGAUUAUAUUGUACUUUGUGAAAAGGGUAUCAGUUACAGAAGAUUAAGGAAAACAUCUAUUGAUAUAGAGUUUGAAGUUAUAAACAUAGAUAAUACUGACAUAUACAGACUUAAAAAGCGUCGGAGCAGCACGAAAGAAGAUGUCUACUGUACCAUACAGGAUAUGCAACACAUAACUACGAAUCUAACUUGUUACGAAUAAACAUCUUCCUAUAUACUACAUUAUUGUGUCAAUAUAUGUAUAAUAUUGUGAAAUACAAUUAUUUUAACUUGGUUCAGUUUAUCUAGCUAUAAUUUUAAAAAUGUAAAAUAUACAAUUAUAUAUAAUCAUUGUUAGUGCAAUCUUAAAUUGUGUAUACAUAAUUUUACGCUUGGAAAACAGAUACGGACUACUGUUUUAACAAGAUUUUAAAUGAAGAGAAUAAAAUGUAUGUUUAAAAAAUGGUUGUAUAGAGUUAUGCUUAGAGAAAUAGAAAUAAAAAGUUUGGAAACACACUAAACUUACAGGGUUU